AUGCUUCAAUAUUGUACAGUAAACGGGCGAUGGGAACAAUGGAGCAGUUGGUCGAUGUCAACCUUCUGCACAAAAACCUGUGGAAGAGGUACGCAAACCUUCAAAAGGUCACGGCAAUGUAAUAAUCCUACACCAAAAUAUGGAGGAAGAACUUGUUAUGGAUCAAGAAAUGAAUAUAAGCAUAAUAGCUGUUUCAUCAAGAAAUGCCCAGUCGAUGGUGUUUGGAAGAACUGGAGCACUUGGGCGUCUCAAGGAUGGUGCUCAGUUACCUGUGGGAAAGGUGUCUUAAAACAAAGUCGGUCACGUUCCUGCAAUGGUCCAAAGUAUGGAGGAAGAGAUUGUAUUGGAAAGAAAACAGAAAUAAGAGUACGUGAUUGCAGUAAAGACUUUUGUCCAGUGAAUGGUGCUUGGUCCUCUUGGGGUGAAUGGGAGAAAAUUGGAAAAUGCUCUGUCACAUGUGGAAAUGGACAACAGAAGUAUAUGCGAACACAUAAAUGUAAUAAUCCAACUCCACGAAACGGAGGAAAGGAUUGUGAUCAAACAAAAGCAAAGGAAAUAAAACACAAGAAAUGCGUUUUGAAAGACUGUCCCUUUGAAGAUCAUCCCGUGUGCAUGGAAAAAACCUGUAGUAGAUACGGGGAAUGUGGCUGUGCAUUUGGGUUCUAUGGGAAUGGAUUCAACUGCAAAGGGAGUCAAGGUAAAAGAUUUUUGGUGCUUUUCAUGGAGACCAUAGAUGUGAAAGACACCCAAAAUGAUAGUAACAGAUCAACAGAAAUUCUCAUUGCUUCUCAAGCAGCUAGCAAACUAUCUUUGGAUUCGUCAAACAAUUAUCUUUUAAAAUCUUUAAACAAUCGUAUCAACAGCAUCAAUAAAGGGGCAACUACAUUAUCAAUACCAGCUCGGAUGCGAAGUAUAGAUUUUAAGACAGAAAACAAAGCAAUGAUACUGGAGUCAUCAGAACCAGUCUCUGUCUUUACACUCAACCAUGAUGGAUACUCGUCAGACAGUACUCUUAUUCUUCCAACAGACAGACUAGGGACAAAGUACGUUGUUGGGUCAACAGAACCUUAUUCCUCGCGAGAUUCGUCCCAUAAGAGCCAGGUGGCUAUCGCUGCACUUCACAACGACACAACCGUAAAAGUCACCUUGAAACUGAAAUCUAAAGGCACAUUUUUGUAUCAGAAUUUGAAAUACAGGAAUGGUGAUAAGAUAAAUUUUAAGUUAAACAGGCUCGAAAAUUUCCAGUUCUCUCAUACAUCAGAUCUCACCGGAACUUUUGUUGAAUCAAACAAACCCAUUGCCGUUUUCUCUGGGAAUCGCUGUAAUAAAUUACAGAGGUUUGGGUAUUGCAGUCACUUAAUUGAACAACUUCCUCCAGUGGAUAAUUUAGAUAACCAGUUCAUUGUACCCCCAAGCCUAGAAAGUAGUGGGACUAGAGUACGCAUUGUUGCGGCUAAGAAGACAAAAGUAAUAUUUCAUUUCGACGAUUCAAAGAGGGAAAAAGUGUUGAAGCCAGGUACAUCCAAGGACGUUGAGAUUUAUGGCCACCACUCCAUUUAUAUUCAAGCUGAUGGACCAAUAAUGGUUUUAAGCUUUGCUGUGCGGUUGGGUCGACGUGGGGAAGGUGACCCAUACAUGUCUGUUGUUCCCGGCUUCAACCAGUAUCUCAGUGGUUAUUACAUUCUCGUUCCUAAUGGAUAUACGAAAAAUUAUCUAUCCAUCAUGGUAAAAGCAGCAUCAAAGGCCAAACUACGGAUUGAUGACAAGGCCUUGUUUGAUGAUAAUAUUUCCUCGGAAAUCAGAGUUCAAGCUGAACGAGAGAAAUAUCUGGUAUUAAUUGUAAGGGUGGACGCUGGUGGGCAUAAAGUUGAGACCCUUGAUAAGUCAAGGUUUGGUCUAAUGAUUCAUGGUCAAAAGGAUGGAGACAGCUAUGGCUAUGCUGCCAACAUUAUAAAAGUUUCAUAGUGAACCAUCGUUUCAAAUUCCUUCUUUGGUAUUUUUUCAAA